GCAUAACAAUAUGGCUGAUACGCCAAACAGUGUGAACUUUGUUUAUGAAGAAGAAGAAAGUAGCCCAGGGUGGGUAGCUGGUCGAGACAUGUCAGUGAACUGACAGUAUUGCUAACUUGGCCGCAGUAGUUAGUGAGUUAUCAAAAAGUUCCUGGAAGCAUAAAGGAAGGAUUUUAGAGCACGAAACCUCACGAGGUGGCCUGUGUAGAGGGUUGACAAACCGGUAAAACGUUACGGAUCCCGGAGCUUUGAUAUCUGACAACCGCUGGUUAGCUAGCAUUAGCUGGCUAGCUGGGAGCUCCAGUAAAGUAACGUCAGGACUUGUUUCAUACAGUCAUGUCUGCGGCCGGAGACUUCGGAAACCCUCUAAGAAAAUUUAAAUUGGUCUUUCUCGGGGAACAGAGUGUGGGAAAGACUUCGCUGAUCACCAGGUUCAUGUAUGACAGCUUCGACAACACUUACCAAGCCACAAUAGGAAUAGAUUUCCUGUCGAAAACCAUGUACCUUGAAGACAGAACAAUCAGGUUGCAGUUGUGGGACACGGCGGGGCAAGAGCGGUUCCGUAGCCUCAUCCCAAGUUACAUCAGAGACUCUGCUGCUGCUGUUGUAGUGUACGACAUCACAAACGUCAACUCCUUCCAGCAAACCACAAAAUGGAUUGAUGAUGUGAGAACAGAGAGAGGAAGUGAUGUCAUUAUCAUGUUGGUGGGAAACAAGACAGACCUUGCAGACAAAAGACAGAUAACCACAGAGGAGGGAGAGCAGAGAGCGAAAGAGAUGAAUGUUCUGUUUAUUGAAACCAGUGCAAAGACAGGCUACAAUGUCAAACAGCUCUUCCGUCGUGUGGCGGCCGCCCUCCCUGGCAUGGAUACCACACAGGACAAGAGUAGAGAGGACAUGAUUGACAUUAAACUGGAGAAACCACCCGAGCUACCUGUCAGCGACGGCGGCUGUUCCUGCUAAUGCCGGCUUAUGUCAUAAUGACAUAAUGUAGUAAUGACAUAGCGUGACAUUGUCAUUGCUAAAUAUUUGUCUUACUGGCUCUUUCUCAAACCCAGUCGGUUUUUCUGUAUCUGUACCCUUCACUGCACCCGGCUCUGUUCCCCAGCCCGAAACAGAACACUACAGCCGUAAGUCCUCGCCGUUGUGGAAAACUGCUCUCUCAUCUGGACGCUCUGAAAGUCAUAAAUCAUAUAAAUUGAAUAUUUGCUCUGUAACUAACACAUGUUGAAACAGUAUUCACAGCUGUUGCCUGUCAGUUCAGACAGACAGGGAUGGUGGCAGAAGAGUAAUGAAUCACUUUGCUGUUGUUUGUCUCUAAAGAUGACUUUUUGAACCAAACUGAAAGAAGAAAUAUGUGUGUAAGACAUCAAAGUGUGUGUUCAAGAAUGAGAAUACUCUAUACGAAAGUUAAAUGUUGCUUUAAGGUUAAUAAGCACAAUGUGGAUGUCGUGUGCAAUUGGCAGUUAACAUAAUUAGCAUUUUAUUGGCAAGGAUUCCUUCAGAAAUUGUGUUAUCUGUUGAUAACUGUUGUUUUUGUUUUGUUUUUAACUGUCUGGAACAAUAUGGGGAAAAGUUUGCAAAUUUGUGUUGAAGAAAAUCAAUUGAGAGAUCUCAGUGUUGACACGUAUGUGCAUGGUCACAGUUGUCCCAACAUGUACCAGCAUGAUAUGACAAGUCGAUACACUGGUCACACACCAGCACAAACACGCAACACUAUCAAUACAUCAUCCACACGACCGUCCUUCCUCUCUCGCCACACUUGUCCCUUGAGAUGGGUUAUUUUUACCUUGGCUUCCAUUUUCUAUUACCUUUUUAUUUGAAUAGAUCUUUAAUUAUUUUUUCUAAAGACUACAGCUAUCAUAGAUUAAAACUGUUUCUUUGAAGAUAGUGUUUGAGAAGGAUUUUCUCAUAUUAAGAGUCAUUAUCACGAAAGCCCACUGUAAACACUAGUUAUGGAGAUAUAUGCCUCUUGGAGUUUAAUUGUAGAGGGUUCCUUGGUUUUGGGUUUAUCUAGUUUGGUCUGAUGUUUUAUGAACACUUUAAAGACUUUUUCCUUUUUUGACAUUGAUCUUUUGUUAGUGAUUAUUCUACAUAUGUAUUUAAUCCACAAUGACUUGUAAUAUUUAUUUCUAUUGGAUUCAUGUUUCUUUUUUUUAUGGCUGUUAAUAUCUACACUUUUGGUGAAUCGCUAAUAAAAUAUGCAUCCAUCUUAACCGAAUCAGUAGAAAGCCUCUACGUCUCCCUCUACCACCUCUAGAUGGCAAUUUGAUCAUACUGAUAACAGUGCAAUUUUUUGUGUGAGCUUAUGGAGGAGUCUGAUUUGUAUAGCAUAGUAGUCCUUAACGUUUGUGUCUGGAAUGGUUUUAAAUGAAAGAAUAAAAAUACACUUGUCACCGCU